CUUACCCUAAAUCAAAUCCCGAAUCAAUAUUGAUCUUUCAUGUUAAUCUUGCAAAACGUAUUGCAAUAUGUUUAUCUUAUAAAAAACCUACAAGUAGAUAUACCUUUCCUUUUCUUCAUCCUAUUCCAAAUGAAAUUCAAGCUGUACCCUUGAAUAAUUAA